AUGUUCCCUUGGAGAGUUCUGCUCCUCUUUGUCCUGGGAAUUUCCUUCUGUCUCUGCUCCACAGACUCCACCAGGUCGGCAAGGGCAUUUAAAGGACGAUUUCGAACAUCUUAUGCUGCAUGGCGUGUCGUGCUGUGUCUGACACAGCCGCAGGGCUCACUGAAGACAGAUGUGCAGAAGGCAUGGGAGAAGGCCAGGCUAGACUCGUCUCACGCUGAUACGAACGUAUCAUUGAUAGAGGCACCGCCGAAGACAGACUCGUUGUCCUACCCGUUGUCGUUGCUGAACAAAUUCUGCAACGAGAUCAAAGGUGGCAAAACUGUGCUCAGCCUGAUAAUUGGAGGAGGAUCAGCAGCCAAAUUUCUCGUUACAGCUGCAGCCUCCUUAAAUAUUCCAGCUCUCUGGCUACCAUUCACCCACGAAGAUUUCCUCAGACAAGGAAAUCUUGGCCAAUUCGAGAGUCGUAUAGGCUCCAGCACGAAGGAGGUCGGAGCAGCUGCGGCGGCACUGAUGCACAGAGCGAACUGGCACGCGUUCACCUUGCUCAUAGACACCACUUUACUCCCUAUGACUCAUCUCCUGCACGCUAAUCAAACUAUUCUGACACCCAGGACUAUCAUACACCUACCAACCAACGACAAGACGCUAAGGAUGAGAUUGAGAAGAGUUGCCGAAGAAGGAGGUAGCGGAGGUGUUAUAGUGAUGGGCUGCGACCUGAACAGUGCAAGGAGGAUACUAGCUGUGGCUGGAAAAUACGAAAUGCUCGCCGGGAGAUUCUUAUGGCUCUGGCUGGACCUGAAGGCGGAACUGAGACCGAACGAACCGAACAUAAUCAGCUCGCACAUUAUACACAGCUCAAGAUCGUCGAUAGUGACGAACGAGAAUCCUUCUCCUGUAGAGAAUAUCAACCGAAACGCGAAUCUGAUCGCUGAGUCCCAAGUUUCUUUGAAUUCCUUGCCCGGUUUAGCGAACGAUGUACACAGACUGCAAGAAUACAGGUGGCGGAGCGAGAGAUCAGUUGGUAAACAGGAGGACAAAGGGUACAACUUCGACGAUGACGAAGAGAUCAGGAUAAUGGGCAAAGAAUUGAAUUCUAAAGAUUUUAUGCCAGUUGGUAUGCUAGCACUGAGACCCUCGGGCAUCAAAUUGAUGGGCAGCGACACUAUUCUGUCCAGAAUGAUCAGGGAGACCUCCCAAGCACUAGACGAGACGUUCCUAGAAGUGAAACCCUUGCUGAAUCGUUUAAGAGAGUCAGAAUUAGACGAGUACUUUGUGCCAGAGUGCUUUCCAAAGAGCAGCGCUAAGUUUCUGAUGAGUAGAGUGAGGCAAAAUGUUUCUAAGACUCUGACACAGAAGCUGAGGAGGUCUGUGAGUCAACUUUCCAAGGACAAGGCCAAGUUCCAGUUGCUGAAUCUUCAGGCCAUAAGAUUCCCUGGAAAUAAGACUCAACUGAGAUGGACCAAAGUGGGCACUGUCAAGGGUGGAAAGGAGGUUCACCUGGACACCAUCAUCUGGCCAGGAGGCGGAAUAGUGCCAGCGUAUCUUGAACAGGGCGGAGAAAAAAUCGGGAUGCCUAUGUACCGCAUAGUAACAGCCCUGGCGUCUCCAUUCACUAUGGUGACCAACUUGCAAGAAGGUCUCUGUUUAAGAGGACUCUUCUGUCGCCAAGGGAACACUCUAAUGUGUUGUUACGGUCUAAGUAUGGACCUGAUGUCUCUGGUAUCUCGUGAAUUAGGAUUUAGAUACGACCUAUACCUAGUGAGAGAUGGUCUGUUUGGAAAGAGAAAUGGAAGUAGUGGCACCUGGAACGGAAUCAUGGGAGAACUGGUCUCUGGACGAGCCCAGCUGGCCUUUGCACCAUUGAGCGUCUCUUCACACAGAGCUGAAGUGGUCGACUUCACCACACCUUAUUUCUUCAGUGGAGUGAGCUUUCUGACUGCCCCAAAGGUCAAGUCAGAGAUAUCAUUAUUCGCGUUUCUGCUUCCAUUCAGCCCAGAACUGUGGAUCGCCGUAUUCACCUCCUUAAACUUCACUGCCAUCGCAGUGGCGCUGUACGAGUGGUUCAGCCCGUUUGGCCUGAACCCAUGGGGCAGACAACGAAGCAAGAACUUCUCGAUAGCCUCCGCUUUAUGGGUGAUGUGGGGCCUCCUCUGCGGUCACCUGGUCGCCUUCAAAGCGCCGAAAUCUUGGCCUAACAAGUUUCUAAUCAACAUUUGGGGAGGAUUCUCUGUAAUCUUCGUGGCCUCCUACACGGCUAAUAUAGCAGCCCUCAUUGCCCAGGGAUUUCAACCCUCGUCCCUCUUUUUCCACCCAGCAGUCAGCAAUUACCACGACAAAAGCUUACUGUUGGAAAAAGUCGGUGCACCGAAAGCUUCAGCAGCAGAGUAUUACGUGCAAAGAGCCAAUCCAGAAUUGUGGUCACACAUGGCUCGAUAUUCCCUAUCGAACGUUGCCGAGGGUGUAGAGAGGUUGAGAAACGGUACUUUAGACAUACUCAUAGCAGACACUCCUAUUUUGGAUUAUUAUCGAGCGAUAGACAACGGCUGCCGCUUGCAAAAGAUCAGAGACACCAUAAACGAGGACACUUAUGCUGUGGCUCUCACCAAGGGACAUCCUUUGAAAGAAAGUAUAUCUAAAGUCAUAGCUAAUUACACGAGCACUGGCCUGCUCGAUAUUUUGCAGGAGAAAUGGUACGGUGGUCUACCAUGCAUCAGAGGAAGAAAAGGAAUGGACACUGGCGUCGAGCAUGAGCAAGGAAGACAGCCCAGACCUCUGGGUGUGGCUUCCGUAGCAGGUGUAUUUUGUCUCUUAGGAAUGGGCGUUGUGCUGGGCACGAUUAUCCUGGCUGGGGAACACUUGUUUUACAAAUACACUCUGCCCAGACUGAGGCACAGGCCAGAGAAUUCGAUAUGGCGCAGCAGGAACGUGAUGUUUUUUUCACAGAAACUGUACAGGUUCAUCAAUUGCGUGGAACUGGUGUCUCCGCACCACGCAGCCAGGGAAUUGGUUCACACGGUUCGACAAGGACAAAUCGCCUCUCUGUUCCAAAAAAGUGUCAAACGAAAGGAACACGAACAACGUCGGAGGCGCAAGAGCAAGGCGCAGUUCUUCGAGAUGAUUCAGGAGAUUCGAAGAGUUCAGCAAGAGGAGAAAAUAGAAACAGUGUCAGAGGAGCAAGAGAAGAUGACCACCUUCAAGAGGGAGGAGAAAACAGUGAAAGGCAGAGAAAGGAGCAGAAGCAAGAGUCCCCUGAUGCCUCGUAGUCCAAAGAGGUCAGAGAAGAGCAGAAGUUCUACCAAUUUAUCCAGCUCCAGACUAGGACUCUCCCCUGUCAGUCUGGAGGCUCCCAUGAAACCAAGAGAGUUCACUCUGAGCAGCACUAAUCUCAGAGCGAGGAGUCCCCUGGAGACAGUGGGUCGUCGUCUAAGCCACGGAGACGGUGGAUCACCACCUCCACGUUUGGGCUCUCAUUUUGGAGGCAGUGCAACCCUACGACCGCUUGCUCCUACGAAAAGCGAUUCCACAGGAAGUGCUACGCCUACAGUGAAGGGUGAAUCCAGUGGUGGUGGUAGUGUUGGUGGUGGUAGUGGUGGUGGUGGUGCUGCACCAACGCCAAGAUACGCCAGAAGCCCGGCAAAAAGAGGACAAUCCUUCCCUGUGUUCGCAACUCUGAGGCCACCACACUCCUCUGGCCACCAUCAGCUAUCCAAGAGCCCCCUGCUCUCGCCUAACAACGAGCUAACCUCUGCAAUAGGAAGAAAAUUGUCUCGUGAGUGGGGUUCUGGGAACAUAGAUCUCACCAGGUCCUCUGAGGCGGUCGCCAGUGGUUCCACGUACACUCUGAACCUGGAGAUGACCCUGUCCCUAGAGAGACCGUCACAUGAGAAGAUCUUGGACGACGCUUUGCCCAUUAAGAAGCCUAUCAGACGAGCCAGAAGUCACGAGAACAGGGACAGUGGAAAACUGAUGGCGGAUCUACCAUCGCCAAGGAUCACAGCACAGCCUGUGGUGGGUGGUCGAUCGGUAAGCGAACGAACGAAAAAGCAGUUAGAGUCAGAGUUGAAAGCAAUCUUAAGUGCCAGAGCUCAUCACCGCGACUUGCAUCCUCCUUGAUAGA